AUGGCGAGUGUGAACUGCAGGGCACCCCCUAAAGAGCCAGCCCAGAAUAGUUUCCCAGAUGUGGUCGAGUUGAACGUCGGAGGGCAGGUUUACUACACUCGCCACUCAACGCUGGUGGGGACCCCAAACUCAUUACUGGGCAAGUUAUUCUCCAGUAAAAAAGACGCAACGAAUGAUUUGGCCAGGGAUCCCAAGGGACGCUACUUCAUAGACAGAGAUGGGUUCUUGUUUCGCUACGUGUUGGAUUUUCUACGGGACAGGCAAGUGGUGCUGCCUGAUCACUUCCCGGAGAAAGGGCGGCUGAGGAAAGAGGCAGAGUACUUCCAGCUGCCCGACUUGGUGAAGCUGCUCUCUCCGGAGGACGUGAAGCAAAGUCCGGAUGAUUUCUUCCACAGCGACUACGAGGACUCCCAGGGCAGCGACCCACGCCACUGCCCACCCCCGUCUCUGGUGCCAGCUGACCGCAAGAGCGGGUUCGUCACGGUGGGCUACAGGGGGUCGUGUACGUCGGGUAGAGAGAGCCAAAGCGACGCCAAGUUCAGGCGAGUUCCGCGGAUACUGGUGUGUGGAAGAGUGGCGCUGACCAAGGAAGUUUUUGGGGAGACCUUGAAUGAGAGCAGAGAUCCGGAUAGGACCCCGGACCGGUACACGUCCAGGUUUUAUCUCAAGUUCAAGCACCUGGAGCGGGCCUUCGACAUGCUGUCCGAGUGUGGUUUCCAAAUGGUGGCCUGCAACUCGUCUGUGACUGCGUCGUCCGUGAACCAGCUCACUGAGGACAAGGUCUGGUCCAGCUACACGGAGUACGUCUUUUAUCGUAAGUAUAUGGGCACACCGUUUUCUUGUGUAUUUGCUCUGUUUUUUGCUCUGACCCGGGCGUGCCAAAGUUUUACGCGUGCGUUAAAGUGGGCCAUUGGGUGUGGGCCACUGGAAUGGGAUUCUGGAUGCAGUGUGUGA